ACCCGCACCGGCCUCGAUAUUUUGACCCGCACAAUGGCUUCUUCAUCACUGCGAUUUUGUCCUCCCCCUUCAUCGCCACUCCCCAAAGCCCUAGAUAAAUUUCAGCCAAAAAUUAGGAAUUCCGCCGUCUCUCCCCUCUCAAUCCCCAGUUCGACACCUCUACCACUUUCAUACCCUCGAUUCUCCCGCCGGAUGUCUUCCGUCAGGGUUUCUUCCGGUGGAGCGAACGGCGCCCCCGUCGCCGUUGCCGAAUCUGGUUUGAGGAUUGGGGAGGUUAAGAGGGUCACUAAGGAGACGGAUGUUUAUGUGAGGAUAAAUUUGGAUGGCACUGGGAUUUCUGAAUGCAGUACUAGUAUUCCGUUCUUGGAUCAUAUGUUGGAUCAACUUGCAUCGCAUGGGCUUUUUGAUGUAUGUGUGAAGGCAACCGGCGAUAUCCAUAUUGAUGAUCAUCAUACGAAUGAAGAUGUUGCUCUCGCAAUCGGAACGGCGCUCCUUCAUGCGCUUGGAGAUAGGAAAGGGAUCCAGAGAUUUGGAAACCUUACAGCUCCUCUUGACGAAGCUGCGGUCGAAGUUAUACUGGAUUUGUCUGGCCGUCCUCACUUAAGUUAUGAUUUGCAAAUCCCUACGGAAAGAGUUGGUACCUAUGACACACAGUUGGUGGAACACUUCUUUCAGUCUAUUGUUAACACAUCUGGUAUGACACUUCACAUAUAUCAGCGUGCUGGAAAGAAUUCACACCAUAUCAUUGAAGCGACGUUCAAGGCAUUUGCUAGAGCUCUUCGACAAGCAACAGAAUAUGACCUACGCCGUCGUGGCAGUGUUCCCAGCUCUAAAGGGGUUUUGUCACGAUCCUAAGCUCUCGGGUGAAAGGCAUGUAGAUUGCGUUCAAUAUCCUUACUCCAUAUCCAUCAAAAGGGGAUUCAACCAUUUCAACCCUUUAGCUAAUCAAAUGGGAACAAGAAGGGAGAAACGAAGCGGGGAUCCAAACUUAUGAAGUUAUGAAAGACCUUUUACUGUGGGAAUCGUGUGCACUUAUGAUAGCAGUGAUAAAUUUGUAGGUAAACUAUGGAGCAUAAAACUUUGUUUUGCUGUGCCACGAGUUUAUGCUACAAUAUGUGUGAUUUUCAUUGUA